AUGCGGAACGGCGGCGGUCUGUUGUACGGUACGUGGCUGCUGUUGAUCGUCCUGGACGGUGCAUCGACCACGGGACAACGAUACACCACCGGGCCCGCGCAGGAUCUGGAUAACACGCUGCAAUCGGCACCACCUCUCGGGCCGAACGUGUGCAGGUCAAGGUACAAGAAUUACUGUUGCCCAGGCUGGUCGAAGAAGCCGGAGACCGGGCUCUGCGUGAUUCCUGUAUGUACAAGAAGAUGCGGCCCAACGGGCAGAUGCAUCAGGCCAAAUAUUUGCUUGUGCGAGGGUGGCAGCGUGUCCUCAUCUUGCGCUAACAGUCAAACCAAAGUUUCUACACACGAGACCGGUAACACGGUGGACAGGGGAGAAUCCGGUAGAUGCAGGGCGCAUUGUAUAAAUGGGAAUUGCGUCGACGGCAGGUGCCAAUGUCGCGGCGGGUAUCAAGGAGAAUUCUGCAACGAACCAAUCUGUCGAGAACCCUGCUUGAACCAAGGAAGAUGCAUUGGACCAGAUCGUUGCGCCUGUAUCUACGGUUACACCGGAAGACGGUGUGAAACAGAUUACAGAACUGGUCCAUGCUACACCAAAGUGAAGAAUGGACAAUGUUUGGCGAAUCUUCAGGGUGUUGUUUGCACGAGGCAAUUGUGUUGCGCAACCGUGGGCAAGGGUUGGGGUCACCCCUGCGAGAGAUGUCCUGCCAGGUUGGACUGUGAGUUGGGACACUUGAAGACCACCCAAGGCCAAUGUGUCGAUAUCAAUGAGUGUGAAGCUAUACCAGGACUAUGCGCGGGUGGAAAGUGCUUGAACACACCUGGUUCAUUCACCUGUGAAUGUCCUGAUGGACAGGCCAGAGAUCCUGAAACGAAUGAUUGCAAAGAUAGGGACGAAUGCCAAGAAGAAGGAAUCUGUGUCGAUGGACGAUGCGUAAAUACGAACGGGGGUUACUAUUGCUUGUGUAAUCCUGGAUUUAUUCAGAGUCAGGAUAGAAGGUUCUGCAUCGAUGGAAGACAGGGGUUGUGCUACACAUCCGUGAACAGAAACGGUCAAUGUAAAAAUCGUCUGGCUAUGAGAUUGAGCAAGAAGGAUUGCUGUUGCGGCAAGAAUAUGGGCAGAGGUUGGGGUGACGAGUGUUACAUCUGUCCUAAUCUUGGAAGUGACGAUUACAACAGGCUCUGUUUGCAACAACUGCAGCCGAUCACAGUGAUAAACGAGUGUGUGCUGCGUCCGGACAUUUGCGGAAACGGGAAGUGCAUCGACACGAAGGACGGAUACGAGUGUGACUGUUAUUCAGGAUUCACCAAGAAGGCAGGCAGAUGCGAGGAUGUCGACGAGUGCCUGUUGGGUUACUGUCAGGGCGGCACUUGCCAGAAUUACGAGGGGAGCUUCACCUGUCAGUGUCCGCCAGGAUUCGUUGUGUCUGGUGAAGGCAGAUACUGUACUGACCACGAUGAAUGCCAGGAUACAGGCAUGUGCAACAACGGCCACUGCAUUAACAUGAACGGAUCCUUCAAUUGCAAGUGUAACGACGGUUACGCGUUGUCACCUACAAAGAAUACUUGCAUCGAUAUCAACGAGUGCGCCGACAAUCCAAGAAUAUGUCUGAACGGCAGAUGCGAAAACACGCCUGGAUCUUAUCAUUGCAUUUGCCAAUCUGGAUUCACUGCAUCUCGGGACAGCACAUUCUGCGUGGACAUGGACGAAUGUUCGACAAAUGGAAUGUGCGAAAACGGAAAAUGUGUGAACAUGGAGGGAACCUUCAAGUGUGUCUGCGACUCUGGCUUUCGGAUUGGACCAGACCAGAGUCACUGCAUCGAUAUCGACGAGUGCCUGAGCGGACCGUGCCAAAAUGGCCGCUGCAUCAACACCCCCGGUAGCUUCCGGUGCGAGUGCCAUCCUGGAUUCAAUUUGGGCCCGGAUGGAAGAUCCUGCUUAGACACAAGACGAGACUUGUGUUACUCGCAAUAUAGGGAUGGACAAUGUUCGAAUCCUACAUCGACAGCCGUAACAAAAUCGAGUUGUUGUUGCUGCACCGUGAUAUUGGGACAGCCCAUGGGCUGGGGAAGCACAUGUCAGCCAUGUCCGUCUGUGGGCUCAAGUGAAUUCGAUGCCUUGUGUCCUCAUGGGGCAGGAAUGACUUACAAUGGAGACGAUAUCAAUGAGUGCGCACAAAAUCCGAACAUUUGCGUGAACGGUGGCUGCGAGAACCUGAUGGGAACUUAUCGUUGCAUCUGCGACAGUGGCUACGAAGUGGACGCCACUGGGAAGAUAUGCACGGAUAUAAAUGAAUGUGAACUGGAGGAAUCAUUGUGCAGUGGAGGGCAGUGUCGGAAUACACCUGGUAGUUUCCAGUGUAUUUGUGCCAGCGGUACAAGAUUCAACACGGAGAAUCACAUGUGCGAGGACAUCGACGAGUGCGACGAACUUGGCCCAGACGUCUGCUUGGACGGGAUUUGCAUAAACACACAGGGCUCGUACGAGUGCGAAUGCGCCGCUGGAUACGUUCUUGAUCACACUGGUCACAUUUGCAUGGAUAACAGGAGGGGUAGUUGCUGGACGAAAAUGAUAGACGGUCGCUGCGAGUACAAUUUACCAAGACUGGCAUUGAAGUCAGAGUGCUGUUGUUCUGUGGGGGUUGCUUGGGGAAGCCCCUGUGAAAUCUGCGAUCACAAUCUUUGCGAGUGUAACAAGGGGUACGCGAAAUUCGGUGGAAAAGACUGCGUGGAUGUUAACGAGUGCGAACUGAAUAGUGGAAUAUGCAAAGGUGGCGGCACCUGCGUCAAUACUGACGGAUCCUACCGUUGCGAGUGUCCUCCUGGACUGACUUUAGAUGCCACUCAUACCACGUGCGUAGACACCAGACAAGAAACCUGCUACAUGGAGUACCGUCACGGCCAAUGUACCAAUUCGAUCGAGGGCCAAUUCUCGAAGAGCCUCUGCUGUUGUUCAGUGGGUCGUGCAUGGGGCACCGAAAGAUGCGAAUCCUGCCCGAAACCAGGUACCCAUGCUCAUAACGAACUCUGUCCAAGAGGAGACGGUUUCACGGAUAAACACGACAUCAACGAAUGUAUCGAGUUUCCUGGGAUGUGCUUGAACGGAAGGUGCAAAAACACGGUGGGCAGUUACAGUUGCAAGUGCAACCAGGGAUUCGCGCUGGAUGAGCAUGGGAUCAAGUGUAACGAUAUCGACGAAUGCGAGAUCAUGCACGGUGUCUGUGGAAAUGGUACCUGCAGGAACACACCUGGUAAUUUCCAGUGUGACUGUAAUCCGGGAUAUCGAAGCAGUGAUAUAAUGAAAAUAUGCAUGGAUAUCGACGAAUGCGUGGAAACGCCAGGACUCUGUCGUGGAGGCAGCUGCCUAAACACCGAAGGCAGCUUCAAGUGUCAAUGUCCACCUGGCCACGAGUUAGGUCCAGACAAGCAGUCCUGCAAGGAUAUCGACGAGUGCUCGAGAACCAGCGGAAUCUGCUCGAAUGGUGUCUGCGAAAAUAUGAUGGGAACGUAUCAGUGCAUAUGCGACGAUGGCUACCAGCAGACUGGAUUGAAGUCCCACUGCGAGGAUAUAAACGAGUGCGCGGUGAACAAUGGCGGAUGCGAGGACGUUUGCCUGAACACACCUGGAAGCUUCUCUUGUUCUUGCGGUACCGGUUUCGCCCUGAAUCUUGAUGGUCGAUCUUGCGUGGACGUGGACGAGUGCAAAGAAAAUUCUCGGAUUUGUAACGGCGGUAAAUGCACCAAUAUACCUGGUGGCUACAUAUGCACCUGUACAGAUGGACUACUACCUGGGAAGGAUGGAGCAUCUUGUGUAGAUGUUGACGAAUGCACAACGCAGCCUCAUAUCUGCGGUUAUGGCGAAUGCUACAACACCAUCGGAUCGUUCAACUGUCGCUGCGAGGAAGGAUAUUCUGUGAAACCGGAAGCAGGUCCUGGUUGCACCGACGACGACGAGUGUCUACUGAACGCGUAUUCCUGCAGCGAGUUCGCUGAGUGUCAGAACUCUCAAGGCUCUUACGAGUGCACCUGUCACGAGGGUUUCGUUGGUAAUGGCGUCGAGUGCAGAGACAUCAACGAGUGUCUGACCAACAACGGGGGCUGCGACUCCAAUGCCCAGUGCAUCAACACGGAGGGUUCGUUCAAGUGCGUCUGUGAUGCCGGCUUCAGGGGCGACGGCUACGACUGCAAAGACAUCGACGAAUGCGCGAACGACAACACCCUCUGCGAGAACGGCCACUGCCUCAAUUACCCCGGCUCCUUCCGUUGCGAGUGCGAGAUGGGUUUCAUGCAUCCAGACGAAAACAACGAGCAAACAUGCGUCGACAUAAACGAAUGCGAGAUGUUCAACAAUUUGUGCGUUUUCGGCCGUUGCGAGAACAUUUUCGGCAUGUUCCGCUGCGAGUGCAACGAAGGCUACAAGCUCGAUGGCUCCGGAGGCAACUGCACGGACAUCGACGAAUGCGAAAAUCCCCAGUCCUGUCAGUAUGGUACUUGUAUCAAUACUCAGGGCAAGUACACCUGCAAGUGUCCACCUAAUUAUGACCUGGUUGAAGCGGGAAAUGCUUGUGUUGACAGGCGAGAAUCAUUCUGCUUCACCGGUUUCGAACGCGGCACCGGAAAACCCCAGUGCAUCUUCGACAUGUCCUCUUCCGUGACCAAGGCAACCUGUUGCUGCAGCAUUGGCAACGCUUGGGGCAAUCGUUGCGAGGAGUGUCCCCAAGUUGGAACAAAGGAAUUCGAGGAAUUGUGUCCUGGCGGGCCUGGAUACAGACCUAACCAAGUCACUGUGAUUCUGGAGGACAUUAAUGAGUGCGAGGAGCACGAGAACAUCUGCCAGAAUGGCCACUGUACCAACACAUUCGGUAGCUUUAUGUGCUCUUGCAACGAGGGCUUCAACUUGGAUGACACGAAAACCAACUGCAUUGACAUAAAUGAAUGUGCGUUGCAUCCACAAAUAUGCGGCGUGGGAUACUGCAUCAAUGAUCAGGGAAAGUACCAUUGCGAAUGCCCGGAAGGGUACAUGGCUAUGCCAGGAGGAAAGGAAUGCGUUGACAUGAGAAAGGAAUCGUGUUACAUGAGUUACGAAGGGGGUCAGUGUAUCAAUCCCAUGAUGCAUCCUCAAACUAAAAUGUUGUGCUGCUGCUCAAUGGGAGCUGCGUGGGGAAGUCCUUGCGAGAGGUGUCCAGCAGAAAGGACACGUGAACACGAGAUCCUGUGUGGCAUGGUACCGGGUCAAAUCAAGAAUCCGAUCACCAACCAUACAGAGGAGAUCGACGAGUGUGAACUGAUGCCAACGAUGUGCACUCACGGUCGCUGCAUGAAUACUCCUGGCAGCUUUGAGUGCCAAUGUGAUCGAGGAUACAUCUACGAUCAGGAUUCGCAUCAGUGUAUCGACGAGAACGAGUGUCUACAGAUUCCAAAUCCUUGCAGCGGCAACGCGCAGUGCAUAAACAAGCAAGGCUAUUUCGAGUGUAUCUGCCCAGCCGGAUACAAGCUUGGACUUAGUCAAAGGGACUGCGUCGACAUCGACGAGUGUUACGAAAGAGCCGGUAUUUGCAAUAACGGCGCGUGCAACAAUCUGCAAGGCAGCUUCCAGUGCGUCUGCCACUCUGGCUUUGCAUUGACCAGAGACAGGGACAACUGCGUGGAUAUCGACGAGUGUCAACGUAAUCCGAACAUUUGCAACAAUGGGACCUGCGUGAACACGCUUGGAUCGUACAAGUGCAGUUGCUACCAGGGUUUUAAGCUUAGUCCUAACAACGAUUGCGCUGACAUCGACGAGUGUCGAAUUAUGCCGUUCCUCUGUCGAAACGGAAGAUGUAGAAACACAAUCGGCGCCUUCAAUUGCGAGUGUGCCGAUGGUUACGUGUUGGCUCAAGACGGCCAGCACUGUAGAGACAUCGACGAGUGUCACGAGAUACCUGGACUCUGUCCAUCUCCAGGAAAAUGCCAGAACUUAAUGGGAUCAUACAUAUGCACCUGUCCACCUGGCUACGAGCUGGACCACACGAGGAAAAGAUGCGUGGACGUCGACGAAUGCGUGGAGACUCCAGGAAUCUGCGAGAACGGUCGCUGCCUGAACACAGAAGGCGGCGUGAUCUGCGAGUGUCCAGUUGGCUAUCAGUUAAGCGACAAACCAAACUCUAUGCGGUGCAUCGACGUGAGAGAGGAAUCGUGUUACGAUAAUUACGCGCGUGGUCGUUGUUCCCACCCUCGAACAGGUGGGAUGACGAAGAAGCAUUGUUGUUGUACCAUGGGAAAGGCAUGGGGAAGAUAUUGCGAGCAGUGCCCUCUUGAAAAUAGCGAGGAAUUCAGGAGGCUGUGUCCCGAAGGAUCAGGCAGGGAUGACACUGGAAUCGAUCUGAACGAGUGUCUCUUCAUGCCUGACGCUUGCUCCGGUGGCGAGUGUAUCAACACAGACGGCUCCUUCCGGUGCGAGUGUCCUUCAGGAUACGUCCUGGACGCAACUGGCCGUCAUUGCGUGGACAACGACGAAUGCCUGACUGUUCAAAAUAUAUGCGGGAACGGAACUUGUAUAAAUAUCAACGGUGGCUUCGAGUGCUCCUGCAACGAGGGUUUCACUCCUGGUGUGAAUCAAGUCUGCGAGGAUGUGAAUGAGUGCUUGGAGCUUGGCAAUCAGUGCGCCUUUAGGUGUCACAACGCACCUGGUUCCUUCAGAUGCAUUUGUCCUUAUGGAUACACUCUGGCCCCUGAUGCACGACACUGCAUAGACGUGGACGAAUGCGCGACUCCUGCAAACAACUGCAAGUACCAAUGCAAGAACUUAAUUGGCUCAUUUAUGUGUAUCUGUCCGCCUGGAUAUCAGCAAAUAGGCAUGACAGACGAUUGCAAGGACAUCAACGAAUGCGCGAUCAACUCUGGUCUGUGUCGAAACGGUCGGUGCAUGAACUUGGAGGGUAGUUAUCAGUGUCUCUGUUACGAUGGCUUCCAACAGAGCGCGGAUGGGAAAUCUUGCAUAGAUCGAAGAGUCGGUUAUUGUUUCUUGCAAACGAUUGGUGGAAGGUGUACAGCAAGGACUUCAGAUCUGAAGACAGUCACGAAGGCAGACUGUUGUUGCACGAUGGGUGCUGCUUGGGGACCUCAUUGCGAAAUUUGCCCUUCGAAGGACUCCGAGAAUUAUAAGGAGCUCUGCUUGGACAAAGGUUUCUCCGUGGAUGGCCAAGAUAUUGACGAGUGCAGAACGAUUCCUGAUUUAUGCAAAAAUGGAUUGUGCAUCAACACACUCGGUUCUUAUAGAUGUGUUUGCAAUAAGGGGUACAAGCCCGACAGAACUGGAACCCAAUGUGUUGACAUAAACGAAUGCGAGUUGACACCGAAGCCCUGCAAGUACAACUGCCAGAACACAGAGGGAAGUUUCACUUGUUCCUGUCCAGCAGGAUUCAUUCUUAAUCCAGAUGGGAUCAGCUGCAGGGACCUGGACGAAUGUGCAACCGGAAAUCACCUGUGCCAACAGAAUUGCAUCAAUACUCAGGGUAGCUACACUUGUGGCUGUCAAGAGGGUUACAAUCAAGAUGGCGACGCUUGUCACGAUAUAAACGAGUGUGACCAAGCUGGGACUUGUCCCAAACCGGGCACUUGCAUUAACACUCUUGGCAGUUUCCGGUGCAUCUGUCCGAGAGGGUUCAAGCUCGAUCAGAAUGGCAGGUUUUGCGUCGAUCAGAAUGAAUGCGCUGAUGACGCGACCUGUGAACACGGUUGUCAGAACUAUAUGGGAAGUUAUCGUUGCGGCUGUCCCGACGGUUUCGUCCAGCAUCUUUAUUACAACCAGUGUAUCGACGAGAAUGAAUGCAGUGGAUCCCCUUGCGGAGACAACAGUUGCAUCAACACGAUUGGUAGCUACAAAUGUGGGUGUCCUGAUGGUUACCAGUUCGACAAUAAACUUCAAAUUUGUGUACAGGUAAGCGCUGGAUGCAUGGGAAGUCCUUGUGCAUUCGGAUGCACUCCGAAUGGUGCGAGUGGCUUCAUCUGCGGAUGUCCUACCGGUUACCAGAGAAUUGGACAGGGCCACUGUUUGUCAACCAUAAAUCCACUGUCACAAGGACACUACGGUGAAGAUAUUAGUAACGCGCCAACCUUCGUCAUUAACCCCGAUCCGUAUCACAUACCUCCAGCGGAUGAUAAGACGAUAUCAACCGAAGGUUGCUUCUCCUGCAAGAUUAAUGGCAAAGGAAGACACAGAAGAGGCGCUCAAAUGAACUCGACGGACGAGCAGUUGAUCGAACGACGAAGUGAAAUCGCGAAGAAACGAAUCACCAGGACAGCGAAGAGACACCAUCAUGGCGAGGAAUAUCUUCUUCAGAUCAGCUUGAAGCAGACGAAGCAUAGGACGAGAAUUAUUAAACUACAGCCGGCUGUUAAGAACGAGGAUAUCGUGUACACGAUAGCACACGGCGACAAGGAGAACCACUUCGAAAUCGUGAAGGAACACGGAAUCUGGGCGCUUCAUUUCCGUAAUCGGUUGAAGGAACCAGGUCACUUCCGGUUGGUGAUCCAUGGCCGCGCGAGAAACGAUACCACCGAGGAGAACGAAGUCUGGGAGAGGCCAUUAACGUUCAGAAUUCAAUUGAUAGUGACGGAGUAA